AUGAAGUUUAAUGUUGAUAAAUGUAAAAUUAUGCAUAUCAGUAACAAUAAUCAAUACACAAAAUAUACAAUGAAUGGCUCCGAACUUUCCAAGGUUAGCCAUAAAAAAGACUUAGGGAUAUCUAUUAGUAACGAUCUUAAACCAAGUAAACAUUGUUCAGACGUUGUUAAGAAAGCUAACAAACUGGUUGGCUUCAUCGGAAGAACUUUUGAGCAUAAAUCUGAAAAAGUUAUCCUUAUGCUAUUUAAAAUAUUCGUGCGCCAUCAUUUGUAA